AUGAGACAUGCUGUCGUCUUGAAUGCGACCAAGCGAAUACCAUUGCGAAGGAGCAUCCACUCAUCGAUAAAACACAGCUCCGUUCUUGAGCCCCGGUUAGAAGAUCAUGGUAAGGUCAUUCGCGACGAAUACUCGGUGAUUCGCAAUGACUACGGUUCGUUCCCCUUUCCCAUGCGCCACAAAGCUCUCUGCUCACCGUUCGUCCAUAUAGCGGCGCCAAAACACCCCGUCGUUCUCGCGCACGGUCUGCUCGGAUUCAGUGAAUUGCGCCUCGCCGGUCCAUAUCUCCCCGGUGUCCAGUACUGGCGCGGAAUAAAGGAGGCGCUCUCCGCGCGAGGAAUUGAGGUGAUCACGGCCACAGUGCCCCCAUCCGCAUCAAUUGAGGCGCGCGCAGAGGAACUGGCCCGAAUCAUUGAGACUGACGCGCGCAGGAAGGACGUCAAUGUCAUUGCACAUAGCAUGGGCGGGCUUGAUUCACGAUAUAUGAUCAGCCGUCUCCAGCCCCAGAAAUUCAAAGUACUGUCGCUAACCACGAUUGCGACUCCGCAUCGAGGCUCGGCCGUGGCGGACUAUGUGUUUGAAACGAUAGGAGGUUUGUUUGCCCGAUCCAGUCUGUUCAACGCCGAAGCUCAUACCAUUACAGCCGAUCGCCUUCCGCAGAUCUACUAUGCACUCGACCGUCUAAAGGUUGAGACGGGUGCCUUUGAACAACUAACCCGGAAGUACAUGGGGGAAACCUUUAACCCGAACACGCCUGACAUAGACACUGUCCGCUAUUUCUCGUAUGGUGCCGCCGUGGAACCGAGUAUUUGGUCCAUCUUCCGGCUCUCCCAUCGCAUCCUAGCUGAAGCCGAAGGCCCCAAUGACGGCCUCGUCAGUGUCGCCAGCAGUCACUGGGGAGGCGAGCUGGGGUACAAGGGAACCCUGAUGGGGGUCAGCCACCUCGACUUGAUCAACUGGACCAACCGACUCAAGUGGCUAGCUGGGGAAGUAACCGGUAACCGACAGCAGUUCAACGCGAUUGCGUUCUACCUGGACAUCGCAGACAUGCUGGCCAAGGCGGGCCUGUGA